GUUUUUGUUUUGCAGUCCAAAGUUUUUCAGUCACUCGUAGUUUAAAGAUUUUAAUAAAUAUUCUGGGCAGGAGUCGAUUUUUUUUUUCAAUAAAGAAAAUGGUUUUUUUUUUGGUUAGGAGAAAAAGGGAAAGAAAAGAAUGAUGAUAUGUAUCUGGUUGUGACAUAUUUCUAAUUUUCUAGUGCUGAUUUUGUCCAAUACAUGUUAGACAACGUUAAUUAAAAGUCAAGAGAAGAGGUCUGAUUAAACUAUAAUAUGAUGGCUGUUAAAUUUUUAAAGCAUGAAUCUUUUGUUUUAAUCCCUCCAAAGUUUGAUGAAUAUAUCUUAUAUUGUUGAAGGUUUGGUGAUUCUUAUGUUUGUGUCUCUGUUGAUUGCUGUCCAUAGAUGACCAAAAUUUAAAUGAUGCUUUUUUUGGUAGGAAAAUGAUAUGUUGGGAUUCAGAUCUUAACUCUAACACUUUGUAUGCUUGAUCUGCCAAUGCUUAAGAUUGUAUCCUGCUUUACUGAUCUGAUCCUUUAUAUCAUCGAUCUGCUGCAACAAAAUGGGAUUUUUGAGUAUUUAUUGGCAGGUUUGGGAGGAAUCUUGCAUAAUUUUCUUCCUGUUCAUUCUUGUAAUGAUAUUAAAAGAUCGUAUGGAUACAAAUCUAAUUAUUGUUUUUGCUAAAGUGAAUGUUUGUUUUCUCAGGUUCAAGCUCGGGGGAGACUCUUGAAACAUGAAGUUUAAAAAAGGGAAUCUGGUGGAGGUUUUAAGAAGAGAACACGAAUCAUGUCGCUCAUGGUUUCCUGCCAGUGUAGUUUCAGCCCGUGGCAAUUAUUGUAAGAUUAGGUAUGAAUCACUUUCAGACAACAACGGUGAGCCAGUCAUGGAGAAGGUGCACAAGGAGGAUGUCAGGCCUCAGCCUCCUCAUAAAAAGAGGAAAAGAUGGAUUGUUGGUGAUGCUGCUGAGAUAUUUGAUUUUCAAUGUUGGAGAGAAGGUAAAAUUGCGAAGGUUUUGAAGAAUAACCUUUUUGUUGUGAGACUGUUUGGGUCCAUCCAACUUAAAGAAUUUCAUGAAUCGAAUAUAAGGAUUCAGCAGGCCUGGCGGAGCAAUAAUUGGUUGGUGAUAGGAAAGGUUGCCCGCAAUAAAGAAUAUACCAAAAAUUGUACAGAAAAUAAGUCAAAGCAUUCCGUUAGCUUGAUGCGAAGGGCUCCAGUUCUGGUGGUGAGAAAAGAUCCAUGCUUACGAGAGAAAGAUGGACAGAAACACCUCGAGGAUGGACACAAUAACAUCAAAAAGGGUCUUGACCAUCAGCAUCUCGAAAGAUAUUCCAGGGACCUGAUUUCUUGUGUGGGAGGAUGUCACAAGCAACUUGCGAAGAAUCUUCCUUUGUUUAAGCGGGAAGACAGCACAUCUUCAGAAAAAUUAAGAGUGGAUGAGAAAUUUAAGGGAUCUAGCGAGAUGAAUGCCAAGGUGGUAAAAGCAACUAAUGAGUGGUUAUUUACUUCUCCCGGGCCUCGUUUGACUGAAGAUAGCAACCUUGUAAGUUCUGUUGCUAGUUGUAGAUCCAAUGGCUUUGUGGAUUCCUCCAGUCAUAAAUUCCAAAAACCAUUGGAUAAUACAUCCCACAACUCAGGUGCCGAGUCAUCAUUUCUUUCCUUUUCUGUCAUCAAGCGUUUAACUCCUUGUUUUGAACAAAAGCAAGGUGCUGAAAUCCAUGAACUAGAGUUUCAUGCUUAUAGGUCCACUGUGCGGGCAUUGUAUGCUUCAGGUCCUUUAAGUUGGGAGCAAGAGUCACUUCUAACAAAUCUUCGCCUGUCCCUUAAUAUUUCAGAUGAGGAACAUCUACUCCAUCUGAGGCGGCUAUUGUCUACCCAAGUUCUGUAAUCUUCUUCUUCCCCUGGAAUUCUUUCUUUGUAGGUCUACCCAUAGAUAACUCUGAGAUUGGUUCCUGUGAAUGUCAUACUACUUGUAGUGUUUGAGAUUAUAGUAGUAGUUGUUUUUGUUUUUGCUU